CACACACAUGGCUGUGUUUAUAUCGAUGAGGUGGUCUACUGUUAUACGUUGGUGGUGGGAGAGAAAGGUACAAGGAAUCCUAACUGUUAAUCAACCAUGCCGUCAAACAUGGAAAUAAAAACAAAUCUAAGGUAAAGAUAAGAAGGAAGACAAACACAAUGGAUGAUUCAGAAGUAACUCAAAACCAUUCAGCCGUCAAUUCAACAUCGUCUACCAUGGCCAUCAUAGAAUCGUCCGUCCUCAGUGCUUUGCUUCUUUGCAUCCUAUUUCUGAACGCUCUCCUGUCUUAUGUCCUUUAUCAGAAAUCUCACCUUUAUACACCUAGCAACCGUUUUGUCUUUAGUUUGACGCUGGCAAAUGUUGUCUUCUGUAUGUUGUCAUUACCGUUCAAUAUUGUCAGUUGCGUGAUGGAUAAGUGGAUAUUUGGGGUGAUGUGGUGUAAUGUCACUGGGUUUAUCACCCUGUGUGUGCUCACAGGUGGAAUAUACACAGUUGCCUGUAUAAGUAUUGAUAGGUAUUAUGCAAUAGUGAAACCGAUGCUGUAUCCAUUUAAGAUAACAAGUACACGGACAGUAGAACUUAUAUGCUGCAGUUGGGUUCUUGCCAUUCUCCUGACAAUCCCACCUUUUUUCGGCUGGUCACGUUUCGUCUUCCAUAAAUCAAAACUCGGCUGUAUGGUAGACUGGCGCCACCAUCGCUCAUAUGCUGCAGUUUACGUCAUCGUCGGUGCAGUCUUUCCAACAGCUGUUAUCAUAGUGUGCUACCAUCAUAUUUUCAAAGCUGCUCGUAUUUCAAGUCGCAGAGUCAGCAACGGAAACAUUGUUGAAACAGGAUCACGGCCUAGACGGCGGUCACGUCGUGCAUCGCUGCUAGUCAGCAUACGAAUGAAUUCUCCAACAAAAGCUCUACGAACAAUUUUACUAACUUUAAUAAUAACUUUUAUAUUUUGGCUUCCAUUUGUAUUUAACGGUUUAAUUGAAAUUGCUUACAAAUCCAUAGAAAUACCAGUAUUUAUCCAUUCAGUAAUUGUUAUUUUGUUAUGCUGCACGUUUCUUGUGCAGCCAUGUAUCUACGGACUUUGGAAUAAGACAAUUAGGAGACAGAUUAAAUCGGUAAUAUUCGGUACUUCCAUUUCGUUUGAUGGGGAAGAUGAGAGAAUGUUUUAUCAGAGGAGACAAUCACGUGGGGCAAGUAUAACAGGAAGUAUAACAGAUCUUAGUUACACAGCGUUGCUGCAGUCAAGACCAGGUGUUGCUACAAUCAGUGGAUGCAGUGUUCACCAAUCAAGUAAUGACUCCGGUGCUGUAUUAGCCUGUAUACAAGAAGCAGACGAUUCAGAUAAAUCACUUAACAACAGUCUCAAUACCAGCAAGACUCCCACACUAACUCAUUCCACAAAGAUAAUGAAACAAGACCACUCAACCUCCUGGAAAAAAGAUCUCAGUGCAAGGCAUCAUCCAGGUGUCCAGACAGGUGCACGGCAGCAUCCAAGGUUACAUCAUGUAGAUGCCAAUAGUGUAGAUGAAGGCAUUGAUGAUAUUCUUGAAACUGUAAACCUUGAUGAUUGACCAAUCAGAUUCUGACUUUAAUUGUCCAUCCUAGAUAUUGAACAAUCAGAUUGAUUCUAUCAAUUGCUAAUGAUUUAUCCAAUUAAAUUUUCUAUUCAUCUCAAAAGUAGUAAUAAUAGUAGUAGCAAUUUGACUAGUGAUGUACGACUGUUUAUCAGAUUAUUUAAAAAUAAUUUUAACAAUUGCAUUAUUAAUUUAAAUCUAGUAAAGUAAAGGAUAAUAAAACGAUUGAAAUUUGUCAUUUAGGAUAUAGAGGAACAAAAAAGUAUUAUUUCUGUGCCUAGUGACAUGUAGGUUUCCCUCUAAUUACAGAAUACUCCAAUUAAUGAAUGUCUUUUAUCUUUACUAUUCUAAUUGCAGACCAAAGCUGCUAAAGACUAUGGAAAUCCUGGUUUCAAAAGUUAUCUUAAAGUCAGGCUCCAGAGGAAAACAAAUUUUUGAUAUGUUGUAGAACUGAUUUUUCUAAGACAGAAAAAAGUUGUUUGACGAAAAACUGGGGAACGGUGAAUGAGAUUUUUUAAUAUUUAAA